GGGAGCCAGCGAGCAAGUGGGCAGGAGGAGGUGCUGCUAUUGGCAAGCGACGGGGCGAGCUGGGAGCGUUCCUGCGCGCAGGGGGGGAAGCCGCCACUCUUGCUGCAGAACUCCCCCUCCUCUCCCUCUCUUGCUCCCUCCAUAUCUCCUCCCGUCCCCGCAUCCGUGCAUGGUGGCGCCGCCAUGGCUUGGCCCUGCAUCAGCCGAGUGUGCUGCCUGGCGCGGUUCUGGAACCAGCUGGACAAGUCGGACCUGGCCGUGCCGCUCACCAUCCACAAUUACUCCGACAUCGACGAGCCGGCCGACGAGGGGACGGACACGGCCGGCGCCCCGCCGCCGCCUCGGAUCCCAACAGGUGGCAGCACCAGCAGCCGCCCCCAUCAGACCCACCCGCGGGCGGCCGCCGCCGCCGCCGCGCUGCCCGUCUCGGCGUCCGCCCCGUCGCUGCAGGACGGCCUGGGGGGCGCCAGGAGGCCGUCGAAGAAGACGCGCGGCGGCUACCGAAAAGAGCCCUUCGCCGCCGAGACUCAGUACCAGCAGGAUUUCCAAGCGUGGCCGGUGCAGAAGCGGGACGCCCUGCCCUGGAUCGGGGAGUACAGGCGGGUGGAAGCCCCCGGAGCGCCCCCUGCCGCUGCCGCCGCCGCCGCCGCCACCCCGGUCGCCUCUUCCCACGCCGCGAUCCCGGGGGGCUCCCACGUGUACGUGCUGCCGGCGGCCGGGCAGGAGGUGGUGGGCAGCAAGUACAGCGGCUUUAAGCAGGUGUGGUCCUCCUCCUCGCCGCCAGGCGGCCCCGAAACCUCCUCCUACAGGCAUGAGUAUCGUCCAUGGACUGGAGCAAAACGAUCAAGGCCUACAAAGACAACACAGGGUUUCAUUAUUCCAGAGGAUCACUUUGCGCAAGAAUCUAGCUACAAAGCAGACUUUAAGGGAGGCAUCUGAGGAAGAAUAAAGUCUGCAAUUCUAAACAUGAUUCCAGAAAUGAAGACUAAGUUUUCUCCGAAUCCUUCUGCCGUUUUCCAGGCACCAUCUCGCAUCCUCAAUGUAUGAAUCUGGAUCAUGCACAUUUCCCAUCCAGGCAGCUUGAAUGUUAAGGUUGUGAAAAUGUACAGCUAUGCAACUUUCACGAGUGGUGUUGAGAUAAGAACAAGGAUUAUUAAAAGCAGCUACAGCGAAUAUCA